UACCGUUGGAGGCUGUCGCGGGCGCGUCAGCUGUUGCGGCGUGCGGAGUCGGGUGCAGGAGCUGUGCUAGUGGGCGGCAAUAGUUGUUGUUUCAAGUACAAAUUGAUCUCGAUAUUGUAUGGUGUAGAGAGACAACAACGACAAGAUGGGGUUCAAGUUCCUGGAGAUCAUCAAGCCCUUCUGUGGCCUGCUACCAGAAAUUGCAAAGCCUGAGCGUAAAAUUCAGUUCCGUGAGAAGGUGCUAUGGACAGCUGUCACUCUCUUCAUCUUCCUUGUAUGCUGCCAGAUCCCCCUGUUCGGCAUCAUGUCGUCGGACUCUGCCGACCCGUUCUACUGGAUCCGCGUGAUCCUGGCCAGUAACCGCGGCACGCUCAUGGAGCUGGGCAUCUCGCCCAUCGUCACGUCCGGCCUCAUCAUGCAGCUGCUGGCCGGCGCCAAGAUCAUCGAGGUCGGCGACUCGCCCAAGGACCGCGCCCUCUUUAACGGCGCCCAGAAACUGUUCGGCAUGGUGAUCACGGUCGGCCAGGCGAUCGUGUACGUGCUGACGGGCAUGUACGGCGACCCGUACGACAUCGGCGCCGGCGUCUGCCUGCUCAUCAUCCUGCAACUGUUCGUGGCCGGCCUCAUCGUCCUCCUGCUGGACGAGCUGCUGCAGAAGGGAUACGGCCUCGGCUCGGGCAUCACGCUCUUCAUCGCCACCAACAUCUGCGAGACGAUCGUGUGGAAGUCGCUCAGCCCGACCACGGUCAACACGGGUCGUGGCACUGAGUUUGAGGGCGCUGUGAUCGCGCUCUUCCACCUGCUGGCCACGCGUCAGGACAAGGUGCGCGCCCUGCGCGAGGCCUUCUACCGCCAGAACCUGCCCAACCUCAUGAACCUCAUGUCUACGGUGCUUAUUUUCGCCGUCGUCAUCUACUUCCAGGGCUUCCGCGUGGACCUGCCCAUCAAGUCGGCCCGCUACCGCGGUCAGUACAGCAGCUACCCAAUCAAGCUGUUCUACACGUCCAACAUCCCCAUCAUCCUGCAGUCGGCGCUCGUCUCCAAUCUUUACAUCAUUUCGCAGAUGCUGGCGGUUAAGUUCCACGGCAACUUCUUCGUGAACCUGCUGGGCGUGUGGGGUGACGUGGGUGGCGGCGGCCCGGCGCGCUCUUACCCGAUCGGCGGCCUCUGCUACUACUUCUCACCGCCCGAGUCGCUCGGCCACAUCGCCGAGGACCCCGUGCACGCCCUGAUGUACGUCAUCUUCAUGCUCGGCUCGUGCGCCUUCUUCAGCAAGACGUGGAUCGACGUGUCCGGCUCGUCGGCCAAGGACGUGGCCAAGCAGCUGCGUGAGCAGCAGAUGGUGAUGCGUGGUCACCGCGAGAAGUCGAUGAUCCACGAGCUGAACCGUUACAUCCCGACGGCGGCGGCGUUCGGCGGCCUCUGCAUCGGUGCGCUCUCCGUCAUCGCCGACUUCAUGGGCGCCAUCGGCUCCGGCACUGGCAUCCUGCUGGCAGUCACCAUCAUCUACCAGUACUUCGAGAUCUUCGUCAAGGAGCAGAGUGAGAUGGGCGGCAUGAGCACACUGCUCUUCUGAGCGUGAGGAAGGAUGAGGCGACGGCGCUCGGCCACGUGCCUCGCGGGGUCACGACGUCUGGACAAUUAUUUUGUACGAUCGUGACGCGUUAGAUGUUUAAAUAUACAGGUGCGGAGGUGAUUGUGUGUUGCGAGCGGCGUGUGGUGUCGCGUGGAAUGCUUUCGGUGGGCUGGUACUUCCGGGUAUCUUGUUCGUUGUUCAAUAGUGGAACACCAGCGUGCCUACUGCUUCGUGUAUGCUAGCCUCCGGCCGUGGUGAGACGCUUGAGAACUGAGGAGUGCAAGGAGUGAGGAGUGCAAGGCCUGGGGUUUUGUUUCGCGGCCAGGUGAAAACUUCGAAAUCGUCACAGCCGCUUGGUCACGAUGCGUGUGCGCUGUGGAACGCUCCCAACACCUCACCACGCUCGUGACAAACUGAGGGGUUAUUUGGAUGCGGCAUCUUAGAUUUCCUGGAAUCAGAACAUCGGCGAUUCCCAUUCUGGCAGCUCAUUCGCCUGAUUCUGAAGUAUCUGUCCCCGAAAUUCGGGUUUCUUUUCACUUCCAGUAGGAAGGAAUGGUCACCGAUCUAUCGCAUACACACACUGAAAGCACCAGUGUCUCCGUUAGAUUCCACGCAUACCUAACCCUUGUUGCUUAGUAUGCUGUCGAGGCCUGCUGUGAUCUGUCGUUGACGCUCGGUACUUGGUGCCGGUCCGCAACUUUCCAUGUUUACAGGUUCGGGUCCAGCACUGUACUUCGCCAUUCUUUCGCAUAAAUGUUCCGUCUUUCUAAUCAUGGAACCAUAACAUUAUUUAUUGUUCGACUUCAGAGUUGAUCGAAAAAUACACACAAAUAGCUCGCGA